AACUCAGUGCAUGCCUGCUGCUUGUGUGACUGAAGUUGAUCUUCUAAAUGGGAAUUCUUUUCAACAGUUUGAGUAUCAAUACAUCUUACGCGUUUGACAUUACCCAAAGAACUUGAAAAUCAUUCGAGAGUGGGUAGAUACGAGUAAUUUUCUCAUGCACUCAUCAAGCAUAUUUGGUCAAGUUUCAUUGACCGCAUACUUAGCAAGUUCAAUUCGGUAUAACUUCUUUACCCUGAAUCCGUGGUUUUAGUGAUGUAUGUUUCCAAUUCUGUACUCAGACGAAAUCGGGGGCUAUGGCAAAAAGUGAAGUAUUUAGACGAAUGAUACAUCGAUUCUCCGCUAUUUACUUUAUUUCACAUCUAGAUAUUUACAACAGUGCGUAGUUUCGUCUUUGGAACUGCCUCCCCUUCAGCACACGUGUUGAACAUGUGCUCUGGCUAGAUUCCGUAAUCCGUUAUUUGGUUGCUAUGAAACGUAGUGUCUGUAUUUCAUAAUGAUUCGUAGAUAUAAAAAUUCAAGUACAGAAGCUAUGACUAAAAGAACACCCCAGCCAUUUUCAAUCCACAUAGACGUCGAUAAAACUAGCAAAAAAACCCUUUUAUUUUCGAGAGCUUCUGUGAAGUAAUAUUACUAUGAGAACGUAAGAUUGAUUGUAACUAAUUGAGGACUCAGGAGCGCACACCUAGAAGGAAGCGAUUCUUAUAUCAGAAUUAUUCAUGCAUUGUUCCUUUCAAGGUUAUCGGAAUCGAUGACAUCAGUAUCGAAAGCGGAACAUUCAACGUGAUGAACUCUUCUAAUCCUGUACCACACCCGGGCGGAGUAAAAUAAACCUCCUGUGUCAAUAUUCCGAGGGUUACUAAAUUUUUACCAAACUCGAGUCGUCGGAGUUAAAAAACUAAUAAAUAAAAUUGAGGGUUUAAACAUGCCUUUUGGAAUUAUCUAAUUUGUUUAAUUAAAUCCUUUAAUUACUGGAUGUUUCUUUUGUCUAGACCACGGGCAUUAGUGUGAUUGUUAAAGUCCAGAAGCACUUAAGCAGGAAACGGAAAAAUCCGAGUGCAUUUUCAUGCAAAAUAGAUCUCUUGUUUCAAAACCACAGUUGAUCGCAAUCAAAUAUUUAAACUGAUCAACAGCAAAAUCUGCUUUUUCCGCUCUGGGUAUUUAAAUAAAGUGCUGAUCCUAAAGAAAAUCAGAACUGCCUGCAGGAUUGUAGAAGAGGGCAAGGAAGAGAAGAUAUUUCACUCUUCCUCACAGAGAUCCAGAAUUUGACACAAACUACACCAGCUAGUCUGAGGAACAACGAAAUCAUGGAGUUGGCAAUGAAGAUUCUCCCGUUUAUUUUUCUUUUUGUUACGUUCCCGCCGUCGUCCGGGAGAAGAUGGUUGCCAGCAAAACCUUUAAGAGGUACAAGGAAACCCUACCCGCAGCCUACGACUUCAGGCUCCGUCAUGAUUAAUAAGAAAGAAUGCGAUAGUAUUGUGAACGACCUUUCGCAGUCUCCCAAUGUCCUCCAGCUUUGCGUUCGUCUCAACGAAACCGAGUUGAUAAACAAGCUUAAAAUUAUGGGUAGUUUCAAUCCACGAUAUAUGGCUAUCAAUGGAAAAGAUGCAUGCAGAUUUCAGGACCUUUCCGUAGACGAACAACCUUUACCACGACGACCCUCGCCCCAACCAAAAGCCAAACAAGAUCAGUCCUUUGAAAGCGAAACAGACAUGGAUAUGAGUGCUUAUGGCUUGAAUGACAUACAGGAUGACGCUGGACAGCUUGAGCUUGAGAACGAGAGGAGACAAAAACGAAUGAUCAGUCUCAGCCCAGGUUCCAUCCUGCGCGGAUGCUGGAGUCGAGGCUCUCCGUUGGACGACUCUUCACUGUCGCGGCUUUGUACCGAAUGCUCGGCAACCACUAAGCUGCCACCCGCUAUUUUCCCGCCAUUUAUCAACGAGGUGAUAUGCGGCGAAGAUGAUGAUAAUUGUUUCGGUCCCAUAGGAAAGUGCGCGCAGAAAGUGAUAAAAUUCACGUUUCUUCGAAGCACCGGAAAUUUCAAACGAGACGACGCUCUCAGUGAACUUCAUAACACUGAUAUUUUCGUUGAGGAGUGGGAGGAUUACGAACAAGAUAUCAGAUCUUGCUGUGAAUGCCGCAUAUUUACGUUUCUUACAAAAAAGUCGUCGAUCUCAUGUUGAAGCUGUUUGUCUUAUCACAUAGCGAAGUUUUUUUCAACUAUAGUGCACUGCUUUUGUAUCCCAUCCUUCAAAUUAGGAGGUCUCAAUGCAGACGAAAGUUCAGACUCGAUUUCACAUUUUAAACAUUUUUUUUUCAGACCAAAUCUCAAUAUUUUAUUUAUUUUAUGACUAAGUAGUAAUUGCUCGCUUUUUGAGCCUGAAAUUUCUAACUGCAGACUUUGAACACUGAAGUAAUUUGUCGUCGAACAGAUAAACUUUUUGAAUUGUCAAAUUGUAAUAGUGUUUAGACAAGCUCAGAACAAAAUUAUCAAUAGUUCUUCACUAUUUGACUUAAGAAUUAGGAACGCCCAUAAAGGCUGAGUAAAAGAAUUGAAUUUUGGGGUUUAACUGCGAAUAAACUGUAAACAUUUAACUCUUCA